GAAGAAGAGAAAAUGGCAGAGAAGAACACUUUGGAAUAUGUGAGGAAAUGGGUUGUGGAACACAAACUCCGAACAGUUGGGUGCUUGUGGCUUAGCGGAAUAGCGGGUUCAAUUGCUUACAAUUGGUCUCAACCCCACAUGAAAACCAGCGUUAAGAUCAUUCAUGCCAGGCUGCAUGCACAGGCGCUCACACUUGCUGCAUUAGCAGGUGCUGCAGUUGUCGAGUACUAUGACCAUAACUCGGGAGCUAAAGCGGAACGUGUUGCCAAGUUCCUUCAACCGCAAGCCCAUUCUCACAAGGAGUGAAUCAUGACAUCAGUUGAUGAAUAAAAACCAAAUUUAUUACGCACAGCUUUAUCUCUGAGUUUUACUAAAUCAAUUGUUUAGUACUGGUUUUCCUCCUUAGGAUAUGAUUAAUGUGGGCCUGCUGCUACACCAGCACUAGUCCCCUCUCUUUUCUAAAGGCUAAUGAACUUUAUUACUAUAUGAGACUAGUCCCAAUUUGCUUCGA